CAGAAGUCGCUUUACCUGCGCAAUGACCAGUUGGUGGCCGGGCACCUGCAAGGGGCCAACGCGGCCCUCGAAGAGAAGGUGUUUUGGGUCCCCAACCGCGCCUUCGAGCCCGCCCGGCUCCCCGUCAUCCUGGGCAUCCAGAACGGCACCCGCUGCCUGGCCAGCCCCCCUGCCAGCCAGCCCACCCUGCAGCUGCAGAAGGUGUUUUGGGUCCCCAACCGCGCCUUCGAGCCCGCCCGGCUCCCCGUCAUCCUGGGCAUCCAGAACGGCACCCGCUGCCUGGCCAGCCCCCCUGCCAGCCAGCCCACCCUGCAGCUGCAG